AUGUCAACUACCAAUCAUGCUGAUGGCUACCAUAAUAAUAAUAAUAAUAAAAUACUGACAUUUACGACCAUUUCUGAAGGAAAUGAAGAAUUGAUGGAUUUUGAACAACAUAGUAAUACCUCCUCUUCAGUCAAUUCUUACUCGUCCAAUAAAAAUAAGAAUAAAUCGAUUGAUGAACACAAGAAGCGUCAACAAAAACUCGACAAUCUCAAACGUCGUUCAACUAUAUUAGAUGAAGAGAUUAAAUGGUCGCAAAAAAUUAAUGAGCUGCACAAGAAGAAAGAUCAAGAUCAAUUGAAAGCGAAGAAAAUCAUCCAAAAAGAGCAAGCCCAUCUUCGCGCGUUGAAUCUCAAGAACAAGCAAGCUGCCUUGAAGAAGAAGCAAUUAGAAGCAGAGCAGGAGACCGAAUCAGAAGAAGAUUUGACGUAA